AUGCCAUCGAAAAAGGUGAAAGACAACAUAUCGAAGCUGGAAUAUGACCAUAAUGAAAUGAAUCAUCUGAAGGUAAAUAAGUGGAUUGCUGUUGGAUUAUAUUCACUAGUUGCAGCAGUUGCUACAUUUGUACAUUCAGGAUUCAGUGGGUGGCAACCAAUUAUAUACAAAUCAGGAGCAUUUAGUGAAUUAUGUGGUCCAACAGAUGAAAAGCAAAUAUUUCGAGUUGAUGCAAAUAUAUCCUAUGAUACAUGUGGGAAUAGAGAUGCAGCUGUUAAUAAUUUAUUUACCUUGUCAUUCUUUGUUCAUUUCUUCUUAUCAUCUGUAAGUGGUUAUGUAUUAGAUACGUUUGGAGAAAAAGUUUGUUUUUUAAGUGGGCAAAUUAUUUUGGCAUUAGCAUUUUUUUCAUUGGCAGUAUUAAGAUUUUCCUAUGUAUGGUAUAUAUUUUUUUUAAUGCUUGGUAUAUCAGCUGAUUUGUCAUUUAUUCCUUUGUUAAAAAUAUCAAAAUUUUUUCCGGGACAAGAAUCACUAAUUUUUGGAAUUUUGGGAUCAGCUAGAUCUACAGGAUUUUCUAUUGGAUUACUUUUAAAAAUAGGAUUUUUUUAUACAUUCAAUUUUAAGGAAGAUGAAUUUUAUAUUUUAUGUAUUUUUUAUCUAUGUACAUGUAGUUUGUAUGCAUUUAUAGUUGGAAUAUUUAUAAUACCAAGUAAAAAAAGUAGCACAUCACAGUUUAAUAGUAGUGAAGGUGCAACAGGUUCAUCAAAUGCAGAAAGAAAAAGAAACUUAGGCAUGAUAAAUGAAAUGGAUAAAAUUGAAAGUGGAGAAAGAAAACCAUACAAUAAUGAUAAUAAACCACAAUUUAUAGAUAAAAUAAAAUCUCUUUGGAAUCAUCCACAAAAGUGGGAAUAUUUAAUAACAUUAUUUAUAUGUAGUUCUAGUAUGAUUAGAUUUGAUUAUUUUAUAAAAACGAACAGAUCCUUUUUUAUAUGGCAAGAUAAUGAUCUUACAACAGUAUUUUCUUUAUCCACUAUAUUAUCAUUUAUUCCAACUCCCCUUUUUGGAUAUUUGGCAGGAAAAUUUGGUUCAUUAUAUAGUAUAAUAACAAAUAAUAUUUUUAUAUUUUUAACAUAUAUAUGUAUACUAUUUGAUGGAUAUUUUUUCAGAAUGAUGGCAAUAAUUCUAUUUUUUCUUUACAUUUCUUUCGUUUUUUCAUGUUUCUAUUGUUAUGUUGAUGAGAAAUAUUCCAAAGAACAUUUUGGAAAAUUGUGUGGAAUUAUGUUUGCAGCUAGUGCUCUAUGUUUAAUUAUAAAUUUCUACCUCACCUAUUUGACCAAUGUUGUGUAUAUAUACCUAGGAGAUAAGAAACAUUUGCCUGUAACUUACGGAUUGAAUGUUUUGGGUGUUGUUACGUUGAUAUGCUGUGUAUAUUUAAAAAUUACAGAAAAGAAGAAAUGA